AUGAAGGCACCCCAGGUGCUGCUCGUGCUGCUGCUGACUGCUGCGGCAGCCGACGCUCAGUCGUACCACUUUGGCAAAUGCCCCAAACCUUCUGUUCAAAAGGACUUCAACGUUACUGAGUAUAUGGGCACCUGGUAUGAAAUAGAGAAGCUCCCGGCUGUGUUUGAAAGAGGAACAUGUAACAAAGCGACGUACAGUCUGCUCGCUGAUGGGACGGUCAAAGUUCGCAAUGCAGAGCUGCUAUCUAAUGGGAAGAUCAACUCAAUCGAGGGUGUUGCUAAAGUUAAAAACUCAUCUCAACCUGCUAUUCUGGAUGUUAGCUUCUUUAAAGGAGUUCCAGGCAGUCCCUACUGGGUGCUCUCCACAGACCACCAGUCAUAUUCUCUGGUGUACUCUUGUUCUGAUUACUUUGGACAUUUUCACGUUGAUUUCGCCUGGAUCCUGGCUCGCACUCGAGUGUUGACUGAAGACGUCAUCAGCAAGUUACACGAUGAGCUGACUACUGCUGGUAUAAACAUAAACCGCCUUACAGUCAGUAAUCAGACUGGAUGUGAGCAGACCAAAGGUAAGAUCCACCAAAAGGAAAAGAAAGCAGAACAAAGUGCUGAACACAUAUUUAGAGUUUAG